AUGAAAAUUGAAUUAAUUGUAUUUAUCGUUAUCAACGUUUUAUCUAACGAUGCAAGUAGCAGUACCGAAAUGGCAAACAUAAAGGAAACAUUUAGACAGUUUAUCAGCAAAACGAGAGUUCAGGUGUCGGAGAGUGUUAGUCAAAUUAAUGAAGUACUACACAACCACAACAAUGAAGCAGCUAAAUAUUUAAUUCACGCUCGAGAUAGUGCGAAUGGUAUUAAAAUGAAUGUUGUGAGUGAAUUAAAUGAAGAAAUUGAUAGCACAAUAUCUACUGAGAAUAAUGACGAUGAAGAAAUUCAGGAGAUGGCAGAGCAACCUUUCAUUAGUCUCGAACAACUAGCAUCUGUGGCAACAAAGGAAUGCGUAAUUAAACAUUGGAAUGAUUAUAUUCAAGAUGUUACAAAAGCAUUUAAGGAUGCUAUAAUUUAUGUUCCGAGAUGCUAUGAAAAGCAUAAUGUUCUGGAAAAUGCAAUUGCAAUUCACAAAAAGAUCGAAGAUGGUAUUCCAAUAUCUGAUGAAUUGCUGCUCUUUAAACUUUCAAUAAUAUCUGCUCAGUCAGAGAUUAAAGAUCAAUUGAGGCGUGCACUCGAGAGUGCUGAAAUCGAGCACUUGUUCACCGUUCAAGUCGAAGAUUGCUGA